CAUUUUGGACCAAGAAAAGUCUCUUCUUCCUCCCUUCUAAUUAUCAAAUUUAAUUUAAUGUAAUAUUACAAUGCUCAUUUUUUGUUUUUAUACGCAACUCAUAUUUUUAUUUUUAAACCCUUCCCUCUGAAUCUAUCUAUCUAUCUUUCUUUCUUUCCUUCUUUCUUCGCGUUCAACCCAACCUCACGAAUUUCAAUUUUCCCUUUCCAAUUUCAAGCACAAUUCAAGAGGAAAUUCCGAAAUUGAUUGUCUCUUAGUGAUACAGGACUACUGUUGCUCUGACACUUGUCCUGUUGGUGCUGACAAGAAAGGCUAUCUUCCUUUGUACCCCUGUUUUGAGAAUUGAUAUCUGUUUGGCAGAGUCCUUAAUCUCUCUGUUGCAUGUGGUGUCUCCUUCACGGUGCCACAUCUUUUAUCCAUGGGGGAGUGGAUUGUUGGUGCUUUCAUUAACCUCUUUGGUAGUAUUGCUAUAAACUUUGGGACCAAUCUACUCAAAUUAGGGCAUAAUGAGAGAGAAAGACAUGUACUUGGAAGUGAUGGGUUAAAUGGGAAGAUGACUCUGAAGCCUAUUAUAUCUUUCCAGAGUUGGAGAAUAGGUAUCCUAUUUUUCUUUCUUGGAAAUUGCCUUAAUUUCAUUUCCUUUGGCUAUGCUGCUCAGUCACUUCUUGCAGCCUUGGGAUCUGUUCAGUUUGUAUCUAACAUUGCCUUUGCUUACUUUGUCUUGAACAAAAUGGUGACAGUCAAGGUACUGGUUGCUACAGCUUUCAUUGUUCUCGGAAACAUUUUUCUAGUUGCUUUUGGCAAUCACCAAUCACCUGUUUUCACACCAGAACAGUUGACAGAGAAAUAUACCAAUGUUGCAUUCCUGCUGUACCUUCUAGCUUUGAUCGUAAUCGUUGCCUUGCAUCACUCUGUUUACAAGAGAGGAGAACUUCUACUUGCAGUAUCAGGACAUGACCUUAGACCCUAUUGGAAUAUGCUGUUGCCCUUUUCAUAUGCUGUAGUUUCAGGGGCUGUAGGUUCAUGCUCAGUAUUGUUUGCUAAAUCACUUUCUAACCUCUUACGACUGGCAAUGUCCAAUGGUUAUCAGUUGCACAGCUGGUUCACAUAUUCUAUGCUGCUUUUAUUUCUCAGUACUGCUGGAUUCUGGAUGACCAGGUUGAAUGAAGGACUGGCCUUGUUUGAUGCCAUUCUUAUUGUUCCCAUGUUUCAGAUAGCAUGGACUCUCUUCUCAAUCUGUACAGGGUUUAUAUAUUUUCAGGAAUAUCUGGUAUUUGAUGCCUUAAGGACAACAAUGUUUAUACUAGGAAUGAUGUGUGUGUUCCUUGGCAUUUCUUUGCUGGCACCUGAUGAAUCAAAAGGUGCUGAGACUAAAGACAGUUCUUUGGAUUCCAUGGUGUCUCCUGCCAUUUCAAUAGAAGCGAAAAGGUUAGUAGUGUCUUCUGAAGAAGCACAAAACAGAGAGACAAGAUCGUUUGUCAAAGGAAUGCGAAUAAAGAUUACAGAUAUGUUAGCCAAGGCAAAGGCUUCUUUUGCAUUAUCUUUUGGGUUUGGCGAGGAUUCCAUUAAUGCAUCUUCAGUUCUUGUGAUGCCAAUGAUGUCUUCAAGAAUAACUGGAUUCAGAGGUACUGGGAUUGACCGAUCAAGGAUGUUGUCCAUGAGAAAUUAUGGUUGGAGCAAGAUCCCUAUGGAUGAAGAUGCUGGGAAAUUGCUUGAAACUAGUCAAAUUGUUCCCCCUAGCCCUUGAUAGUAGUGGUUGGUAAUGGUAGCUAUAGGAUAUUAUAUCCCACGGUGUGGAUAUCUUUUUUCAUUUUUUCCUCAUUUUUUUUAUUGACUGGAGUAGCUGAGUUAGAAACCUGUCAUCAUUCAAUUAUUUGCUCCGUUGUUGAGCAUUCUUGUAAUCUCCCACGGAAAGAGGAUCCAAAAAUUGUUGUAUAUUGUAUAUACUUACUGUAAAUUUUUUCUUGGAAAAUUGAAAGUUAAAGAAACAAAGAACUAUUCAGACAUUGGAAUGACAAAA